AUGAUGCUCGACGAGGUCGACAAACGGAAGGAUAUAAUGGUUCUCGCCACCAUCUAUCAAGUGCUCCCUAAGGACGUCCUUUUCAUUGUGGCCGAGAAGGAUUUUGCCAAGCUAGCGUGUGAGACGCUAAAGAAAAUGCAUGUUGGAUUGGAGAGAGUCAAGGAGAAAAAAGUGCAAACCCUAAAGACAUACUUCGAGGCGAUUCGCAUGAAGAAUGGGGAAUUAGUGGGUGAUUUCGCCAUAAAACUAGCAUCCAUCAUGACAGACGAGAUUCGAAGAGCAUUAUGCAAGCACAAUAAGAAUAAUCCAAGUCUCACUCAAAAGCAAUUGCAAGAAUGGGUUCAUAGUAACUAUGGUUUGCAGUUGUUGACUGAUGAAAAAAUUAUUGAAAGCGUUAUUGGAAUUAAUAAAGAUGAUAUCGAUGAAGAAGAUGAUGAAAGUUCUACAAUUGAGCCCCCUUCGCGAAACAAAGCUAUUAAAGCGGCAAUCACAUUGAACAAUUUCUUAUCAGAGCACUUCUUUUUGCUUGCCUUCAUCUCUGCCGAUCUCGCCGUCCAGAACUGCGAACAUUAUCCAAGAUAUAGAAAAUGCUUAUCUCCUGCUUCAAUCUCCUACUUGAAUCUUACAAUGGAACCUCCCUAUAUAGUGAAUAAUCUGUUUAGUGCUGUCACAUACUUCAAUUGCUUUCUUUUUUCUUUUGUGAAUGUAUCUUUUUCAGGUAGACAUCCUUAUUUGAGAUGUUUCUCAUAUGAUGAUAUAAAGAAGGCAACAAAUGGAUUUCGCAGAAUUAUGGACUCCUCUUCAAAUGGACCUGCUUAUAAAGCCGCAUUCCUUGAUGGGCAUGUCGCUAUGGUAAAAGAAGCAAAAACUUUUAAUGAAGAUAAAGAUGGAUUUUACAGGGAAGUACAACUGUUGGAACGCUUACAUCACCGCCAUAUUAUUUCGCUUUGUGGAUUCUCCACAGGCCGCAAAAGAUUCCUUGUCUUUGAUCACAUUGAGAAUGGAAGCCUCAAGGAGCAUCUGAAUGAUCCUCUUAAAACACCCUUGAAUUGGAGAACCCGAUUACAGAUAGCCAUUGGUGUGGCAGCAGCCCUGGAAUAUCUUUAUUUCUUCUGUGAUCCACCUCUAUAUCAUGUCUCCAUCAGUUCAAGUACCAUAAUGCUGGAUGAGAACUUCAACGCAAAGGUCUCUGACAUUGGCCUUUUUAGCUCGGGUAGAGAUCAAACUGUAUUACCACACUAUUCGUGUCCAAAAGAAUGUAUAGAGGAGGUUAGGAAAAGAUUGAUAUUCCAACUUGGUUUGUUAAUUCUCGAGCUAAUUACUGGACAAUCGUCGGAAAAGGGAAGUACUGAUCUAAUUGAAUGGGUCCAAGAUUCACAUUUUUCCAAUUCAAUACAUCUGAUGAUAGAUCCGGAUCUAGGAAAUAGUUAUGACUCUAGAGAGCUUAAAGAUCUUCUAUCUGUAGCCAGGUUAUGCAUAAAGUCUGUUGAUAAACCAACUAAAUUUAUUCCACAAGUAUUAAGGUAUCUACAAAAGAAGGUUUCCAUCCCCACCAUAAACUAAAUAAUAAUAUUUUUU